GGAUUUCUUGCUGCAGGUGAAAUUGAUCCCUUAAACAGGAGAUUUUCCACUGGAUUUAAACCUGAUGUUGUGGUACAAGUAACUGUUUUGGCAGAAUCUAAUCAAAUUAAGAAUCUCUUGCAAGACCGUGGAAUCAAUGUUCAGAGCAUUGCUGAUAUCCAUCCACUCAGAGUGCAGCCAGCUCGCAUCCUCAGCAACCUCUACACCAUGCUGGGCCGGAACAAGAACAUGAAAUUAAGUGGCCGACCACACCGACACAUCGGAGUGUUGGGCACCUCCAAGCUCUAUGUGAUAAGAAAUCAAAUAUUUGCUUUUACCCCUCAGUUUACUGACCAGCACCACUUCUAUCUUGCUCUAGACAAUCAGAUGAUUGUGGAGAUGCUCAAGACAGAGCUGGCUUACCUCACUUCUUGCUGGAGGAUGACAGGGAGACCAACCUUGACAUUUCCCAUCACCCACACAAUGCUUGUUGAUGAUGGUACUGACAUUCAUCCAGCAGUUCUUGCCACAAUAAGAAAAUUAGAAGAUGGUUAUUUUGGAGGUGCAAGGGUGAAAAUAGGCAAGCUAUCAGAAUUUCUUACCACCUCUUUUCAUACAUAUCUGAGCUUCCUGGAUCCAGACUGUGACCUGAAACUGUUUGAUGACCGUAAUGACGACUGUCAUAGUCCUGACAGUGAAUAUGGAGACUACCCAGCAGAUUUCUGUGAGAAAGAUAGCCAGGAUGAGCUGGAUCAGUAUAUAAAUGAUGUCCUGCAGAGCACAGCACUGAAGUCAUACCUGCCUUCAACUUCAAACACAACAAGUCAACCUCCUGUGUUCAGUGCAAACCAUUCCACAGAGGAAAUACUGUCAAUAAUGGCGAAGACAAAGGGCUUAGAAGUUCCAGCCAUGUCUAUGUCUCUUCCCACUAAAGUUCUGAACACACACAGAAAGUCUCUGAAUCUUGUUGAUAAUCCUCAUUUCUUUGAGACAAAGGACUGUGAAAAUGUUUUGCACUUACCUAAAGAUGCUCAUGGUGAUUUGGAUUGCAGGAAGCUCGUUGAUCAGCUGAAGGAAUGUCCAACACUCCAUGAUCAAGCAGAUAUCUUGUAUAUUUUGCAUAUACUUAAAGGUGCUGACUGGGACACAGAGCUGGAUGGACAGUAUGGUGUCACUGUUCACUGCCUCCUCAAUGAGCUCUACAGAAAGGCAGGCCUCAAUCAGGAAUGGGGCUUAAUCCGUUACAUUUCUGGCAUACUCAAAAAGAGAGUUGAAGUCCUGGCUGAGGCAUGUACAGACCUUCUGUCACACCACAAGCAACUUACAGUGGGCCUGCCACCAGAACCCCGUGAGAAAAUCAUUACCACCCCACUGCCACCUGAGGAGCUCACCGAUCUCAUUUACGAAGCCAGUGGCCAAGACAUCAGUAUUGCAGUCCUGACACAGGAGAUAAUUAUGUACUUGGCGAUGUACGUCCGCUCGCAGCCCAGUCUCUUUGUGGAGAUGCUCCGGCUCCGCAUUGGUCUGAUAAUCCAGGUCAUGGCCACUGAGCUGGCACGAAGUCUCAAAUGCUCAGGUGAAGAAGCUUCAGAGAGCUUGAUGAAUCUAAGCCCCUUUGAUAUGAAAAGUCUCCUACAUCAUAUUCUCAGUGGGAAAGAGUUUGGAGUGGAAAGAAGCUUGCGACCUGUAGAUUCUUCUUCAUCCAGCCCUGCAAUUUCUAUUCAUGAGAUGGGGCAUUCUGGAGCAACCAAAACAGAAAGAAGUGGUAUUACUAAAUUGAAGAGUGAGAUGAAGCAGAGGAGCAGUACUCCAUCAUCUCCCACCUGUACCUCUCCGACUGGCUCUAGUGGAGACAUGAGCUGGGGUGACAGAAAAGGGCAGUGGCUGCGCAGAAGGAGGCUUGAUGGGGCUAUUAACAGGGUUCCUGUUGGCUUUUAUGAGAAAGUCUGGAAAAUCCUUCAGAAGUGCCAUGGUCUGUCCAUUGAUGGGUAUGUUCUUCCCUCUUCAACUACCAGAGAGAUGACCCCGUGCGAAAUCAAGUUUGCAGUGCACGUGGAGUCGGUGCUGAACCACGUCCCUCAGCCCGAGUACAGGCAGCUCCUGGUGGAAGCUAUUCUCGUCCUGACCUUCCUGUCCGACAUCGAGGUGAACAGCAUCGGGGGCAUCAUCCACGUGGACAGAAUCGUGCACAUGGCCAAUGACCUGUUUCUGCAGGAGCUGAAAUCAUUUGGAGCUACUGGUAGUAUCUUGGAGAAAGACACAGCCACAGGAAUUUGCCACUAUUUUUAUGACAGUGCUCCCAGCGGAGCCUAUGGCACCAUGACUUACCUAACAAAAGCCAUAAUUAUUUAUUUACACGAUUUUCUGCCCAGCACAGGCUGUGCAAUGCAGUAAAUGAUGCCUCACAUGGGAGGGAAGGCUCAGAGGC